GUCGUCGUUUGCCAUCGCCAUGCUCCGUGCUACCGUCGCUGCCGCCGUCGUUGCCUCCGCCGCUGCCUUCAGCCCAGCCCCCCAGAUGGGGCUGCGCGGCGUCGCCAUGCAGGCCGAGUCUGUCUCCCGCCGUGAGAUCGUCCAGGCCGGAGCUGCCGCUGCUGCUCUCUUCACCGCUGCCCCCGUUUUUGCCCAGCCCGCUCCUGGUAUCGGGUAUGCGCAGAAGAAGCGUGAGGUCGAGAUGAAGAACAAGAACUUCGCCCCUGUGAUCACCGUCUUCGAUCACCGUGGCUGCGCCGAGCACGUGAACAAGGAGUACACUGGCCCCAAGUCCAACGACGAGAACGAUGAGAUGCUCGUCAAGGUCAAGCAGACCAAGCUCAGACGUGACGACCCGAAGUUCGUCGAGCUCGCUGAUCGCAUCGUCCAGGAGACCAAGGGAACCUUCUACCAGUACCCCAUCCGCGACGUCGGAUACAGCAAGUAAAGUGCAACAAUUCAUUACAUGAGCUUCAACAAUGA